ACAAGCAGGGUUAUUGUCAAAUAGUAAACAGCUUUGAAGUUGAUUAACAGGAUACACUCAACAUUGUUUACACAGUGUCUAGUUUCCUGUUGGAGACUGACACAUCACAAGUUGUGUUCAUCCAUUGUUUAAGACAGAAUCUCUGAUGGUGUUUUGUUAAGUGGACUUUGGAUUUUUUACACUCACAGAUUCUUAACGGUUGGAGACUUAUUUGUGGUCACUAUUCUGGGGUUAAAUUGUUGGAUCUUUGUACCAGGGAUCAACCUUAGAUGAUGUCGCAGCUGUGACGUAACGGGGUCUGCCAUGGCCCCAACUAUCGGUAUAGUGUGUUUCCCAGACAUCUCUGCACAGGUGUCUGAUGGCAAAGUACAGAUAGACUUCCUGCUUCCCAAUGGAAUGUUCAUACAGCUGAAUGUGGACUUUAACAAACCACUGGACCUUAUCAAACAGACACUAUGGGAGUCAGCCAGAAACUUUCCACUGUACCAGAAACUGAAGGAAAAGGACCGAUAUUUCUUUGAAUAUCUGAACAGAUUGGGAGAGAGGGAGGAGGUCACAGAUGAAAGUUUACGACUCAGUGAGAUUAGACCUAUUGGUCGGUUUCUUCGUCUACAGGAGCGUAAAGAUGACUCGGAAAAGAACACCCUUCAUAAACAGAUUAAUGCUCUUUUGGGCAACAAAAACCUCAUGGAGAUGCACAGUAUACCGCGACCAGAAGUGGACGACUUUCGUACGAAAAUGCUUUUAUUUACCAACAGCAUCUCGCAGAACAGGUCUGCAUUUGAGAAGAGAUUCCCCCUGCAGCUUCGUAGUUCAGUCACACUGCCUGAUGACAUCCGUCAACGUCUGAACAAUGGCUAUCUGGUGGUUGUUGUGAGAAUAGAGGAAACCAAGUCUAUUUUUCACAUUCAAUGCCACAUUGAGGAGAGUCCAGAGCUAGUAGUGGAUAAUGCUCUGAGAAAAUGGUACAACAAACCAAUACGCAACUCCUACGACUACAUCCUCAAGGUUGUUGGUCAGGAAGACUACCUCUAUGGAAAAACUCCCAUUCAUAAUUUCAAGUACAUCUACACUUGCAUACAGAAGAGUCAGGCUCCACAAUUUUGGCUCGUUUUAAAGAAAUCAAUAUGGCCAGGUGACCCGCCAGGUCGGCCCCCUAAGUCCACGGACAAAAAAACCAGCGUGAAUAAGAUUGUCCAUGUCACGGACACACUGGUGUGGGACAUCAAGUCCAACUUUGAGGUCAAGGUGAACUGUAUCAACAGCAUUGAGAUCAUGUCGGACCAAAUGAAGGAUAACAUUGAUAAGGUGAAGCUGUUUGUUGGAUUAUACCAUGGGUGUGAGGUCCUUGGAAAUGUUCAACCCACAGCCGAGAUGCCUGUUGUCAAUGGAAACUGUACCUUCAACUUGACCUUGACCUUUGACCUGGAGGUCAGAGACAUGCAGACUGCCAGUCGUCUUUGCUUCACCCUGCACGGCAGGAUGAAGGGGUCAAAGUGUUUGAACCCUAUUGCGUGGGUGAACCUGCCAGUGUUUGAUUUCCGCUCGAGGCUUCUAGUGGGAGAGCAGACCUACUACAUGUGGCCCGUCACUGCAGAGCUUCAACUGGAGGAGACUGGGUGCUAUCCCUUAGGUAGUGUGUCCCUGAAUCCCCACGGGACAAUUGCGAUUACUGUGAUAUUCUCUGAUUAUGGGACCAGUCCACCCAUAUUCUACCCAUGUGAUGAUAAGAUCAUUGAGUGUGCUGCAGACUGCAUGGAGCCACCUGGAACCCAGGGAUCUCCUGGCUCAGGCCGAAAGGGCUGGAACAUCCCGCCCCGCAUGCUGGAGAUAUUGGAGACGAUACUCGUGAACUCGUGCCAGUCGGAGACACUACACGAGCAGGACAAGGAGCUUGUGUGGCUGAGCAGGCUUGAGAUACGGGAGAAACAUCCGGAGUGUCUUCCCCUGGUUCUGCGCUCAGUCAAAUGGAGCAGCCAUAAGGAUGUCUCUAAGAUGCUGGUUCUGCUGAGUACGUGGCCUCAACGAAUCUCUGUGGACUCUGCAUUGGAGCUUCUAGAUUUCAACUUUCCCGACAGAAAUGUGCGCAAGUAUGCUGUUGACUGUCUGCAACAACUGAGGGAUGACGAGGUGAUGUUGUACCUGCUACAGCUGGUUCAGGCACUGAAGUAUGAGAACUACCUGUACUGUCCACUGGCAGAGUUCCUCUUAGAGAAGGCGCUGGGCAAUCAGUACAUAGGACAGAAACUCUUCUGGCUACUCAGGUCUGAAGUGCACAUCGCGACGGUGACAGUGCGGUUCAGCCUGCUGCUCGAGAUCUACCUCAAGAUGUCUCCCCACCACCUUGCCAUACUAUGCAAGCAGAUGGAGGCUCUCAACAAGAUCAACGCUGUCAGCCAGAUAGUGAAAAAUAGUGAUGGAAAGGGAAACUACAAGAACAUGCGUGAUAUAUUGGGUCAGAAGUCAUUCGAAGAGAAGCUGUGUGAGCUGAUAAGCCCCAUGUCUCCACUCCACAAACUGAAGGAGCUCAGCGUGGAUAAGUGUAGAUACAUGGACUCAAAGAAGCGCCCCCUGUAUCUUGUCUGGACCAAUCACGAUGUAGAGGGACCCGAGGUGCACAUCAUAUAUAAGAAUGGAGAUGAUCUGCGUCAGGACAUGUUGACUCUGCAGAUGUUGGAAGUGAUGGACUGCAUAUGGCAGUCGGAGGGACUGGAUCUCAGAUUAAACGCAUAUGGCUGCAUAGCCACAGGUCCGGGGCAGGGCAUGAUAGAGGUUGUUGGUCGAGCCAAGACACUGGCAGCUAUCCAGAAAAAAAGCGGUGCCUUUGACAAGUGCAGUCUGUAUGAUUGGCUAGCAGAGAACAACAAAGGACAAGGACAACUAGACACUGCCAUAGAAGAGUUCACAUUGUCGUGUGCGGGAUACACGGUGGCCACAUAUGUGCUCGGUAUAGGCGAUAGACACAACGACAAUAUCAUGCUCAAGGAGACAGGACAGCUGUUCCAUAUUGAUUUUGGUCAUUUCCUUGGCAACUUCAAGUCCAAGCUGGGGGUCUGUCGUGAGCGUGUACCGGUGGUCCUCACGACACACUUCGAGUACAUCAUCACUAAAGGAGACACAGACAGGAACAACUACAAGAGGUUCAAGGAUGUGUGCAUCCGUGCGUACCUGGCGCUGAGGCGACGCGGCCAGCUACUGAUCCGCCUUUUCAUGAUGAUGCUGACAUCGGGGAUUCCGCAGCUGAGCAGAAUCAGCGACCUGGACUACAUCAAGAAAGAGACGCUGGUUCUACAUCUCACAGAGGACGAGGCCGCUAGACACUUUGAAAAGAAGAUGAACGAGUCAAUUAAGUCUAUGGCAACAAAAAUCAAUUGGGCCAUACACAGCUUUGCACAUAACUAAUGUAACGUUUAGGUCACUGUGGCGUUGUGGAACUGCCACAUUGGAAGUGUAAUUUAGAUCCCCCAUAGACACCUUUUAUUGGUUAUACCCUCGCAAUCGACUUGAAAGCAUUUCAAUAAGCCUUUGAUGGAACCAAGAUGAAAUAAAUAGGUUUAACCGUAAUUAACAGUUACCUCUUCUUGUGUACAAGAUUGUAUGGUGAUAAUCAAUAAUAAAACCGACGUUGAAAUCUGUAACUUCAAAAUUCAAAUAGGCAAAACUAAAUUUAGCUCAUCAACAAAGUCCAAAAUAUUAAACGGACAGUGAACUAUAUCUCUAUUAAAAUCAAUUUAGCACAACACAACUAAGCAUUUACCAAAUGAUGUCUUGGGGAACAUAUAAAAAGAAAGUGACAACUGUCUCAACCAAUGUCCUCUAGGCUCUAUACAAUUUUGCACAUUCCAAAUGAAUAGGAUUUUUUAACAUUUUUUUGGUGUUUUUAUAGUUGAGCUUUUGUUAUUAUACCCCCACAAAUGAAGUUUUGGGGGGUAUUUAGGAGUGAGCUUGUCGGUCGGUCGGUCUGUUGGUCUGUCAGUCCGUAUUCAGUGUCCUCUCUCUAAUUCAAGUUGUUUUCAUCCGAUCUUUACCAAACUUGGUCAGAUGUUGUAUCUAGAUGAUGUUAAGGCCAAGAUCGAAUAUGGGUCAUGCAGGGUCAAAAACUAGGUCACGGGGUCACUUAGUGCGUUUUAAACAUUGAGCAUGGUGUCCGCUCUCUAAUUCAAGUUGUUUUUUUCCGAGCUUCACUAAACUUUGUCAGAAGUUGUAUCUAGAUGAUAUCUAGGCCAAGUUUGAACAUGGGUCAUGGCAGGUCAAAAGCUAGGACAAGGGGUCACUUAAUGCGUUUUAAACAUUGAGCAUGGUGACCGCUCUCUAAUUCAAGUAGUUUUCAUCCGAUCUUCACCAAACUUGGUCAGAAGUUGUAUCUAGAUGGUGUCUAGGUCAAGUUUGAAUAUGGGUCAUGCUGGGCUGAAAACUAGGUCACAGGGUCACUUAGUGUGUUGUUUUUCAUUCAGCAUGGUGUCCGCUCUUUAAUUCAAGUAGUUUUCAUCCGAUCUUCACAACUUGGUCAGAAGUUUUAUCUAGAUGAUCUUAAGGCCAAGUUCGAACAUGGGCCAUGCCAGAUCAAAAACUAGGUCACGGGGUCACUUAGUAUGUUUUACACAUUCAGCACGGUGUCCGCUCUCCAAUUCAAGUAGUUUUCAUCCGAUCUUCACCACACUUGGUCAGAAGUUGUAUCUAGAUGAUAUAUAGGUCAAGUUCGAACAGGGGCCAUGCUGGCUCAAAAACUAGGUCAAGGGGUCACUUAUUGCGUUUUAAACAUUGAGCUUGGUGUCCGCUGUUUUUUGCCAAGACAACAUGCAAAAUAUUCUGUGUCAAUGUGGCAUGUGGGGGUAUUCGUCACGUCUGUUACAAAUCUCUAGUUUUAGCUGUUUUAUAAUAUUACUAGUAUAACAUAUUUAAUUCAAACUUGUAACAUUCCUCACAUUUAUCUUAAAUAUUAUAGUAUUAAAGCAGGUGAAAAAAUAUGGUUAUGUGCAUAUCUUACGUAUGUAUAUAAAAUAGUGGACUUAUUUAACAUUAAAUUAUAUACAUGGAACUAUUUACUGAAAAUUACGUGGAUAGGUCAACUUGACUUUGAAAGUUAUCUCUUUCUGCAUCAAUCAAUACCUGUUGUCUAGUUCCGGUGUGCUUGACAUAAAUCAUCUAGUAUCUUUUCAUCUUAUUAACCGCAUGUUUAAUUUACACUAUCGGUAACUUUUUAUUUGAGUAAAUUCUAGUAAAUGGUAUCAAAGGAAGCUUUAUGUGCUUUACUUGUGAUUGUUGUUAGGGCUUAAUGCAUUGCAUUCCAUGUAUAGACAUUUACCAAAAUAUAUAUAUAUAUAUAUAUUUAUAUACACAUAAUCAUUUAUAUUUACAAUUUUUAAUGAUUUUAUCGUUAGUUUUUGUGAGUUUUCAAAGAAACUAACCAGUUCUAAAAUGUCUUCUAACAUUUAGAAAAAACAUGCUUUUUAUGAUUAUUUUUACCCUUUCAAUAGGUUAAUAGCCACAGAUCAGAAAAUCAAAUAGUGUUAUUGGCCAAAACAUGCUGAUGAAAACCUUAUUGCUAUACUCUUAUAGAUUUUUAAAGAUGUCAGUAGAAUCACACUUAAUGUUGCUUUGAGUUGCAGAAUCAAAACUAGUUUGAGUGUUGAUUAUUGAGUAUUUUUAAACAAAUGAUAAUUUUCUUUGCUUUGAAUAUAGAAAAUCAGCACCUACAUGUAUUGUUAUAUAGUGAUCAGUGAUCAACAAUACCAAAACCAAUACAUUUAUGAUCUCCUGUGUCCUUACCGGAUGAAAAUGGUAUCGGAGCUAGCGUUCUGUCUGCUUUAUUACAAAUAUCAACAUUUCAUUAAUAAUAUUAAAAUUCAAUCAAAUCAUUCAAUUUUAUAAAUGAGACAUUAUUGCCAGUAUAUAUUUACAUGUUCGUGUGUGUGUUGGAAUUAAUGCAUGCCUCAUUAUGCCUCCAGUGUUUAUUUAUUAGCAGCAAACCAUUAAGUUAAUUCAUUUUCAUACUGAAUAAGUCAUGUUACGUUUUCUGUUGUUCUAAAGUCUGUUUUGUUAAUGUAUUGUUUGUUUUGUGCCAUGGGCAAAAAUUCUAUAAGCUACUGAAAAUAUUAUAAUUGUUAACAUCGAAGUUAGGAAGCUAUUGUGUCUAGUCAACAGAUAAAACCCAGUUACUGUUUUUCAGUUUGUGUGUUAAUUUUACCCAUUUUUAACUCACAUGUUCAUGAUGAGCAUUUGUGAUAGCCUUUUUUCCAUCCUUUGCCUUGUGUUCUUUGUCAUCAACAUGUUUCAUGGAACAAUCUUUAAGGAGGCAUUUAUUUUUCAAUCCCAAUGAAACUUAAUCACAACAUUUGUGCUUAUUAUAUCUCUGAAGAGCUUGAAACUGGUUCAUGUUUGGUAAAAACUGGGUCACUAGGUAAUUUUAAAAGAAAAUCUUGUGAAUGCCCUAAAGGCCUCAUUUACUGCCCAAUCCUUAUGAAACUUGGUCAGAAUAUUUUCCCUCAUAUAUUUCAGAUGAGUGUAAAACUUGGUCAUCUGGGGUCAUAUACAAGGUCACUAGUUAAAAUUUGAUAUAAAGGCUGUGAACACUCUAAAGGCUACAUGUACAGCUCAAUCUUCAUGAAACUUUACAAAAACAUUUGUCCUAAUGAUAUCUUGGCAGUGUUUGAAACUUGGUCACAUGGGAUCACAAACUAGACCUAAGGUCACAUUUUUUAAGUCUGGUGAAAAAUUAAGAUACACAUUUAUUGAAUUAUACUCAUUUAACUUGUUAGGAACAUGGGUCAAAUCAUAUCUCGGCCGACCUCGAAAGUGGUUGCAUGGGAUCACAAACUAAGUCCCUACAUCAAAUUUUAAAAAGAAGCUUGUGAACAAUUAAAAUGCAACCUUUAUUUCCUAAUCUUUGUGAAACUUGUGUGAGAGAUCAGUCCAAAUUAUAUCUCUAAAAUGUCAAAACUAGGUCAUUUGGGGUAAAAAACUAGGUAUGUAACAAACAUAGAAGAAAAAGCUUUUAAAAUCUGGACAAGUAACAAUAUCCAUUAAACUUGCUCAGAACAAUAAAUAUAAUGAUUGCUCCAACUUGAAAAACAUUUUUUCUAUAUUAUGUCAUUAGUAAAAGCUUUUGAAAACUCUAGAAGUCACUUUUUUACUCAGCGCAUUAGACUAAUGUUUUGCUCUCAUGUGCAGGCUCAUUUCGAACAUGAUAUUGGUUUGUUCUAAAACAUGGCUGCCAGAUGUUGGGGUAGUCCCUACAACACUUUAGUAAAAACUUCUGAACAAGACCGGCUCAUGUUCUUAAUGUCUCAGGUGAGUGCCAAGGGCCUUUUGUCCUCUUGUUUUAGUAUUUGCAAAAGCCUCUGUAUAGUGACUUUGACAUGAAAGCCUACCAAAACCUUGUCCUUGCCUUUGUUAUUUAGUGAUUUUGAACAUAACAAACAAAUCAAUAAUAUAUACAUGUAUGGAGGUCUAUGUUGUGCACUUUUCACGCUACUUACAAGUUCUUCAAUUAGAUUAAAUGCUAUUACAGUCCACUCUCGUUAUCUCGAAGUCGGCAGGAACAAGAAAAAAUAUCGAGAUAACGAGAGUUCGAGAUAUCCGAUUAGGCAUUUUCAAAGAAAAAAUGAGACGAAAAUUUACCUUGUUUUUAACACCUAAAUACCUGCUAAGUGGUUUAACUAAAGCCGUCACCGUGUGGCAUAAUACUCUCUACCUGAUAUAUACGCGUUUUUACGAGGUACGAUUAAUUUUGCUAUUUAAAUGCUUAAAAUGACGUUUUAAGUAUUACAGAAUUGCAUGAACACGUGCGGUUACAAUUUUUCUAAACUGUCGAGUAAACAUCCGGUAAUGUUGCUAUUUAAAGUUAUGAUGCAAUUGACCUCCAAUCAAGACGAGGGUUUUCCAUCUGAACAUGCGUAAAUCACGUUUCUGAAUACUGAACUGUACAUGCACAUUUUGUAGUUUGAAAUGCAAAGUUCAAUCGAUUAUUAGUACAGGAUCAAAUAAAAAUGAAAAGCCAUUUUUGAGUCUUGUCUUUAUUAUCUUUAUUACUCAACAUCCCCAGAUCUACAUACAGGCUGUGUAUUAAUUGCAGUUAACUGAUGUUAAAGUGACAGGCCUUACUCAAGUUUUAAGGGCUAUCGACAUUACACAUGUGUGAUGCAAUUAACGGAUCAAUUUCCUACCGCACAGUAUCGUGAGCAGCCAGGCGAAGCGGGGCGGUGAAGAAUCAAAGAAAUUUGUUCUCACCUUUUGCCGACACUGGAACAGUUAUUCGCACUUCUAGAUAAACCACAGUAAAUACAUGUAAAAUCGGGACUCAAGACAAAAUUUUAUAUCGAGAUAUCGAAUUAUUCGACAUAACAAAAAUCGAGAUAUGCGAUGUUUAUUUAUAUAGAUAAAGAAGGAAAAAAGUUGGGACAUUUAACUUACUUCGACAUAUCGAGAAUAUCGAGAUAUCCGAUGUGGAGAUAACGAGAGUGGACUGUAUUAUUCUGCUUUCAUGAAAGAUGGAGAGUGAUGUAAUCGACGCAUGUCUAUUCUUCUGUUGACACAAACUUGUUGUACGAUGUACUCCUACACUGCCCACUGUGCAACAUUCAAACUUGCACGCAUCAUUCCUUAUUUUAUAAAGUUGUGCAUUUGUAUUGAUAUUAGCGCAAGUUACAAAUUGCUAAAUUUAUGCAGCUUUUAAACUUAAAAUUUAUGUUGGCAGGGUACAUAAUUACAGUCACUUCUCAGGCUUUAGUUGAUGUACAUUUUAGCUUAUAAUUUAUUUAGUUCAUCCUUGUAAUACAUCUGCUGCUAAGUAUUUGGAUAUGGGAUAUACAUAUUUGUUAAUCUUGAUCAAUAUUUUGAAUAUUACAAUGUCUCGUUAUGUGAAGUUCAUUUUUGAUCACAAUGAUCAAUACUGACCAUGACAAAGUUUACAUGUUUUUGAAAAUGCCUGUUAAAGUUGUAGUAUUAAAAAUAUUGUAGACAUUGUUAAUAAAUUAUAAUGUAAUACAUCAUGUGUUUAUCUAUUUCUGAUUCAUAUUCUAAUCUUGUAUUGUGCAAUGAAUUUAUAUGUUAAACAUUGUAACUGUUUAUUAUGUGUGCACUGGAACUAAGCAAAAAUAUUUGUUGUUUGCUUGACCGUUCAAAGAAUAGUCUGAGCUAAACUACUCACCAAAGUGUCAACAUCCAUGUAAUGUUCUGGUUAUGGUAAAUAUGCAACAUCCCCAUAUCACUGUUUCUGUUAAUUGUUAUCAAUUGUUACUUAAACUAGAAAAAUGGUUUCUGCUCAAUACCUUGAAUGUUGAUGGAGGUAUUGUGCCGGAAAUCUGUGUGUAGGUACUUUAGAUACAGACAGUGCUCCAAAAGUUCAUUAAAUUCAACUUAAUACAUUGAUAAAAUGUUGAAAAUAUAUUUUCCUGGCAUGGUGACACUUUCUGGUUUAAUUUAUAAAUGUUUAGCAUUAAGUUUAUGUAUACUAUACUACAGAUUUUCAACAUAGAAUAUUUGUUUUUGUCAUUGUUCUCGUUAUAUUAGUAAAUGUACAUUAUGCUAUUAAAGCGCAAAAAAAGUCAAGCGCACUGUUUUGGAAAAGAUCUUGUAUUUUUUGGUUAUAUUCAGCUAAGGACACCAAUGCAAAGGUAUUCUAAAACCGUCAUCAUUUGUGAUAUUUUUAUUUGAAAUGCAAUAUUAAUUAAACUUUAUAUUAUCUAAAGUAUGUUUGAAUUGGUAAGUUAAACAAAUAGAUGCACUUUGCAACUGUACAAUUACAAAUAUUUGUCUGAUACCACUAAAUGUUGAGUUUAAUUAAUCCCACAAAAUCCAUUUUUCAAAAUUUUCCAACCAAUAUUUGUUUACUGUUGCUAUUUUUUUGCAUUGAUAGCCAUCAGGUGUCCUCUUGUAAAAUUCAUGAAUUCAGGGGUCUUUAUUUUAUUGAUUGUAAUGUGGUGCUUAACAAUAUAUCAGUGCCAUACAUUAACCUUUCUAAUCAAAGUAAAGAAUGUGUAUUUCAUUCAUUAUUAGAAUAUUGAAUCAUUUGGCUGAUGUAUUCUGCAUUUCUUUUGCUGUAAGAUAUACAUGUAGCAAGCUCGACUAUUGUAAAAAACUAAAUGUAAUUUCAUACCAAUUGCCAUGUUAUGUUUUAUUUUAUAUUUUCAUUUUUUGCUCUCUUGUAGGGUUUGUUUUUCUUAUUUCAAUGCUUUCAAAAAGUUCAUAAUAUCUGCACAAUUCUGAUGUCUAUUUAAACCAUUAUAAUAUUUUUUUAUGUUGCAUUAAAUUUUACAGGCAUACUAUUGCAUGUUGUAUAUUUUAUGAGAGUAUUUUUUAUUGUUCUGCAUAAAUUAUAAUUGUAUGUAUAAAUACUACCGGUAGGUACCACUAAUGUGUGGAACAUAGGAACAAUUAUCAUUCUAAAACAGCAUAUGACAAAACUUACAUUCCAAUCUUAAUAAGGAUGUUCAUAUGAAUAUUUGUGAUUUAAUACCCUAAUGUGUGUUGUAGAACCAAACAAAACAGUUACAUGAGGUUUGUUGAUAAUAACUGAAUAAACGCUAUUAUGUAAAAUAAAAUAGAACAUAUUAACCCUGUCGUUCGAAAGUUGGUCUUAUGCCAUAUGCAGCCAGUGUGGCUCCAGCUCUGCCUGUGCAUAUGCGCAGUCAUGUUAGGGCUACUCUGUCUGCCAAUUAGACCAUACAAUAGUUAUUGACUUAAUGAGUCGCGUUCUCAGGAAACUGGGCAUAAUGCAUGUGCGUAAAGUGUAGUCCCAGAUUAGCCUGUGCAGUCAGAUUUUCGGCUAAGAAGAGACUUCAUUUAAACGAAAAAUGUCAUAAAGGCGUUAAGUGUCGUCCCUGAUAAGCCUGUGCAGAUUGCACAGGCUAAUCUGGGAUGACACUUUACGCACACGCAUUAUGUCCAGUUUUCUCAGAACACAACUCUAAUGGUGGACAGUAUCGCUUCUGAUCAGACUGUGCAAUUGUGCAGACUGGGCAUGAGCUAUGCUGUCUUCUUAUUAAAUAUUACCCACUUUUGUUUAAAGCGGGUGGUAUUAUAUUUAUGUGUGAACAGCAUUAGACUCAUAAAAGUUAAUUUUGUUAAUGGAAUUUUUUAAUCAGGAUGAUGAAAUCUGGAAAAUGCACGCAGUUCAAAUAACAGCAGCUAACUACUCGUUUUUCAAUUCCUGGUAGAUAAUUACAAAAACAUAAGUUUAUUAUACCCCCACAAACGAAGUUUAGGGGGGUAAAUAAGAGUGAACUUGUCUGUCGGUCAGUUGGUCCGUAUUAAGUGUCCACUCUCUAAUUCAUGUUGUUUUCAUCCGAUCUUCACCAAACAGAAGUUGUAUCUAGAUGAUGUCUAGGUCAAGUUUGAAAAUUUGUCAUGCCGGGUCACAACUUGGUCACAGGGUCACUUAGUGCGGUUUAAACAUUCAGCAUGUUGUCUGCUCUCUAAUUCAAGUAGUUUUCAUCCAAUCUUCACCAAACUUGGUCAGAAGUUUUAUCUAGAUGAUCUCUAGGCCAAGUUUGAGCAUGGGCCAUGCCGGGCCAAAAACAAGGUCACGGGGUCACUUAGUGCGUUUUUUAACAUUCAGCAUGGUGUCCGCUCUUUAAUUCAAGUAGUUUUCCUCCGAUCUUCACCAAACUUGGUCAGAAGUUUUAUCUACCAGUAGAUGAUUUUAAGGCCAAGUUCACAUGGGCUUGCUGGGUCAAAAACUAGGUCACGGGGUCACUGAGUGCGUUUUAAACAUUGAGCAUGGUGUCUGCUCUCUAAUUGAAGUAGAUUACUUCCGAUCUUCACCAAACUUGGUCAGAAGUUUUAUAUAGAUGAUCUUUAGGCCAUGUUCGAACAUGGGCCAUGCUGGGCCAAAAACUAGGUCAUGGGGUCACUUAGUGCGUUUUACACAUUCAGCAUGGUGUUCACUAUUUCAAGUACUUUUCAUCCGCUCUUCAUGUGGGGGUAUUUGUUACGUCUGUGACAAAGCUCUAGUUACAUUUGGGUAGCUAGUGCAAAAUAGUUGAAAUGCAACGUAAGAAAACCUUGCCAAAAGAUUGUUACCAACUAAUUUAUUUCAUUUUAUGGUGUAUCAUGCCACAUGACAUAUUCAAUCUUCGACAAAAUUACCGACUGUGUUUGCAUAUGACACUCAUGAACUACAAGACAUUUCAUUAUGUUUAGAUCUCAUGCAAUUUUAUAGAUAGGUCUGAAAUUCAUUGGAGAUCUCUUUUUAUCAGAAGUGAUCAUGAUUAUGGCUACCAAUGUUUCCUUUAAGUGGUAUGUGUGUAUAAUUUACGUGUAGAAUUUGCUUUAUAUAGACUUUUAAUAUACUUUAAGUAUUCAAUUUUUUAUAAUGUGCCAUUAAAUUUGUAUUUCAUGAACUCAUGGUUUUCAACCACAUUGCUGCUUUUUAUGCUUCAAAGUACUUGCAUCUUCGUUCUUCUGCUUUGUUACAUGUAUAUAACUAUGCUAACAUGCUUUUUGAUUUGUUUUAGUUCACCUUUGCCAAAAGUGGUGAGCUUUUGUGAUCAGCCUUUGUCUGUGUUUGUUUUUUCUUUAUAUGACAACUGUUUACAUCACCUGGCCAUUUUUUAUGAAAUUUAAUAGUUAUGUUCCUUGGAUGUUUCUCUUCAAAAGAUGUUCUGCUUAGUUGCGUAGUUAUGUCAGUCUUGUCAAAAAAAGAUUUGUAAAGCCUUGAGUUACAUCUGAACUACUUGUUAAAUAAUUUACAGAUGUAACAGAUAUUUAUGCUGAAUUGCUGAUAUUUAAAAAAAAGCCACUAUUGUCUUUAAGCUAGUUAAUAGAAAACGUAUAUACAUGCACUGGUAUAUUUAAAUCAAGUAGUUAUAGAUUAUGACUUUCCAAUCAUGUGUGAUGAUCAAUAACAACAUUUCAAUGUUAAUAAACAUUAAAGGAGAUUUAUCACCUUGAUUCAGGUGAGCCAUAUGUGGCCAACUUGUCCCUCUUGUCUGUACUUUUGUUUGUUGCAUGAAGUCUUUUAAGCAUUUUAUUUUCUAUGUAUUGAUGUCACAACUGUGCUGUCUGUACUCCCAGAAUGUUUUUAUUGAAUAUCAAAAUGUCGAAAAUAAACCACUUUGUUACUUGUAAA